AUGUCUCCUUCCUCCCCAACGAAGCAACAACGUCGCCAAUUGCCCCUCCGCCUGUAUCACACAACCCGUGCCAACGCGUCCCGCCAGCUUUCGCCCGACACCCAGCUAUACCUUGGCCGAAGCAUCCCUUCCUUGCGCCAUGUCCUUAAGCUCACAGGCACAUCGUCAGGUCGUCCGUGCCGCCCGCGCCGCCGGCACAAACUCAGGCCGCAGCGCCUCUUUCUCCGUAGGCAUCUCGCAAAAACAGAGACCUCGCCAUGUUCCUCACCAUCGAACGAUAACUUGAAGAUCUUGAAGGCACCGGAGCAGAAGCACAAGCAGGAGCACCAGCGCGCUCCAGAGUCCGGACAAGGAUGGGAGCGACACCAGGCAGACGCGCAGCCCCGAGAGAAAGACGAGGAGGAAAACCGUCCUUGUUACUGGCUGUUACUACAGAAGCUAAACCAGGAGCUGGGAAUUGAGGAUGAGUGA